AUGACUGAGAUUAUACCCGAGCAAGUUGUUGAUCUUUCAAACUGCACUCACCUCUCACCUGCCGGCGCCGAUGAGGAGCACAGUGAUGCAAGGCUCUGGGAUGAGAGAGAAGAGCGUGAAAGAUUUCACGGUGGACAAACUUCUGGCGACGAAUGUAAAAAGAGUGGAACUGAAAUGGAUCCGGAGUAUGAUGACCAUGAGUCAUCAACAACGUUAAGGCGAAGCGAAUCUCCGUCAGAGAGCUCCCACAGAACAGAAUGCAGCACAGACGACCCUGAUGUCAAACCAACGCACUCAUACAUCGCGCUGAUUGCAAUGGCAAUUUUGAGCUGCCCCAACAAAAAGAUGAUUCUAGGUGAUAUCUACCAGUACAUCUCAGAUAACUUCCCAUAUUACAGGAACAAGGACAAGAGUUGGAGGAACAGUAUUCGACACAACUUGUCUCUCAACGAGUGCUUCAUCAAAGCGGGUCGCAGCGAAAACGGCAAAGGUAACUACUGGGCCAUACAUCCUGCGAAUCUUGAAGACUUCGCAAACGGAGAUUUUCGACGUAGAAGAGCACGGAGACGCGUUCGAAGAAGCAAUCCUUUUAAGUUUGGCAUCGGUUCCUCCCAGGCUCCGUAUUAUAGAGGUGUAGGUUCGUUCUCUUCGUCCUUCUUUCCCUAUCGAGGUGAUGACUCAGGCAGGCUACUUCCAAGUUUAACGUAUAUCCGUCCAGCGAAAAAGAGCUUUGCUAUUGACAGCAUCGUGGGUUCCUGCGACUCUUCAUACUUCUACAGCCCUAUAUCAGUAAGAUCGUACCCUUCGUUGAGCCUACAAAGCAAUCGAGAAUACCUUGGAGGUUCCUCUCGCUCGCUUCUAUUACACAGCUCUCCAACGCUCGCCUCUUGUGUUGCUGAAGUUUCCUCGACAUCUGUACCAAAUUAUGUCAGCAAAUCGUUGGAAACGUCCGCGUUUUCUGCUUAUCUUGGCUCUAAGGGUGUUGUCCAAAAACCGCAGAGCUUUAGGCCAGAGACUUGGCAAGAAACACUGUCCAAGUUACAAGAGCAACUAAGGAAAGCAUCUCCAUGA